GUCAGCGGUGGUGGAGCAGAGAGCAGAACCCGGACGACACCUUCCCAUUCACGUCAGAGACUCACUUUGGGAAGUUUAAAGUGAAGGAGAAAGCAGCAGAUCUUUACACAACAAGGAUCAAACAAAUUCGAUCAACUGACCCUUGUUGGGACUAGUCAUCCAGCGGUAUUACAUUAAAUAAUUGUACCUGCUCUGGUUAAUUUGACAAAGUUUAUGUUCUGCAAUUGGCUUUGUAUGCGUUAAUCUGUUAUCGUGUAAUUGUUUUUGGUAAAAAAAGUGGAUAAACAAUGAUUUCAACAUCAAAACUUGUGUGUACCACUACGGGGAGGUUUGGUUCUAUUGUGGUCCGAGGAAGUGCUACUGCUACAGCGGCUGCUGCGUCAGCCCCACGAUAUAAAAAGUUUGCAAUUUACCGAUGGGACCCAGACAAGAAAGGUGACAAACCUCGGCUACAGACUUACGACGUCGAUUUGAAUGCCUGUGGCCCCAUGGUACUUGACGCAUUGAUCAAGAUUAAGAAUGAAGUAGAUCCGACCUUGACGUUUAGAAGAUCGUGCAGAGAAGGAAUUUGUGGUUCUUGUGCCAUGAACAUUGGAGGAAUCAACACCUUAGCGUGCAUUAGUAAAAUAGAUCCAAGUCCCAGUAAACCGGCAAAGAUCUACCCACUGCCCCAUAUGUAUGUAAUCAAGGAUCUGGUACCAGACAUGAAUAAUUUUUACGAGCAGUACAGAUCCAUUCAACCUUAUCUUCAACGUGCUGAUAAUGCUAAGCCUGGGUCUGCUCAAUUGCUCCAAAGUGUUGAUGAUAGGAAGAAACUGGAUGGUUUGUAUGAGUGCAUUUUAUGCGCUUGUUGCAGUACAUCUUGCCCAUCAUAUUGGUGGAAUGGUGAUAAGUAUUUGGGGCCGGCUGUGCUGAUGCAAGCUUAUCGAUGGAUUAUUGAUUCUCGUGAUGAGAAAUCGAGAGAGCGCUUAGACAAGAUGCGCGACCCUUUCUCGGUGUAUCGAUGUCAUACUAUUAUGAACUGCACUAAGACAUGUCCAAAGGGAUUGAAUCCUGGAAAAGCAAUUGCGGAAAUCAAGAAAUUACUUGCUGGUAUUGCAACAAAAGGUAAACCAGGCCUCGAAGGGUCUAUUAAAUUAGCUGGUCCAUAAAAAAAGUAUUCGAGAGGAGACUAUGCAAUCAGAAAUAAUACGAGUCUUGCCUACCACAUUAAGUAAAAGAUAUAUUCCUCAAAUUUUUAAAUUCAGGCAACAAUGUUUGUGCAUUGUGCAGCUGAACGUAGAAAGCAUAAAUAUGUUAUAUUGUGUAUUAUGCAGUUUGACAGAGCAUGCCUAGCCAGAAUCCAAAUUAUUAGAUGAUUAGUAAAUAUUAAAUAUUGGUAACAUCUCUGUCUAUACUAGUACUAGUACUAGCUGCUAAUUGGUCUACAAUAAAACUGAAUUAUUUAAAAUAA